AACGUGUACAGUGAUACAACCUCUGCACGGAAUAUCCCUCGGCAUAUGAACCAUAGAUUCGCGCGACAUCGACGAACCAAAUCAGGUCAAUGAUCCCAACGCUGACAUAAAUAGCAUCCGAAAUUUCUCUUCCCGUUUUGUAUUAAUGCGCAAAACCCCCCAUUGUCCGGGAGAAGGAACUUCAAGCUUGUCGGAUUGGAGAUUCAGAGUCCAUCCAUGGGUUUUGCGAAACUCCUGCCCUUGCUAUGGCUCUCUCUUCUUGUUUCAUGUGACGGGAGGCCGUUAUACCCUCUCCCCGGAAAAGGGUUCAAUGGCGUUAAGCCGCCAUUACAGACUUCUCGUCCCUAUAACAUCGCUCAUAGAGGCUCCCAUGGAGAGAUCCCCGAGGAAACUGCACCUGCUUACUUGAGAGCCAUUGAAGAGGGGGCAGAUUUCAUAGAGACGGAUAUUCUGUCAUCCAAAGAUGGUGUUCUUAUAUGUUUCCAUGACGUUAUCCUCGAUGAUACAACUGAUGUUUCCGAGCACAAGGAGUUUGCAGAUCGUAAAAGGACAUACGAGGUUCAAGGGUCAAAUGUUACGGGAUUUUUCACUGUUGAUUUUACACUCGAAGAGCUGAAGAAACUUCGUACGAAGCAGAGAUAUUCUUUCCGGGAUCAGCAAUACAACGGAAAAUUCCCUAUCAUUACUUUUGAAGAAUUCAUCGCCAUUGCUCUGGAUGCUCCAAGGGUUGUCGGAAUAUAUCCCGAGAUAAAAAAUCCAGUCUUCAUCAACCAGCGCAUAAAAUGGCUCGGCGGUAAGAAAUUCGAGGAUAAAUUCGUGGAGACUCUGAAGAAAUACGGAUAUAAAGGCACGUAUUUGUCCAAGAGUUGGUUGAGAAAACCGGUAUUUAUUCAGUCAUUCGCCCCGAGCUCACUUGUGUACAUAUCGAAAUUGACAAACUCGCCGAAAGUUUUCCUAAUCGACGACAUUACCAUGCCGACCCAAGACACUAACCAGACGUACUCGGAGAUCACAUCCGAUGCAUAUUUCAGCUACAUCAAAGAAUAUGUUGUCGGGAUUGGACCGUGGAAAGAUACCAUCGUUCCCGUACAGAACAACUAUAUGCAGACACCAUCCGACUUAGUCAGAAGAGCUCACGCUCAUAAACUACAGGUGCAUCCGUACACAUACAGGAAUGAGAACCAGUACCUGCACUUCAACUUCAGCCAAGAUCCGUACAAGGAGUACGGUUACUGGAUUAACGAGAUCGGGGUUGACGGGCUAUUCACCGAUUUCACGGGCAGUCUCCAUAGCUUUCAAGAAUGGACGACGUCCCGACGACGACGGGGGGCAGAAGAUGGAGAGGAGUCGAGGCUCUUGCGUCAGAUUGCUUCAUUGGUGGCUCCAUAUGUACGUCAUUGAGCUGAUGUGUGUAUAUAUUUUGCUUUGAGCUCUGCAACUGAGUCAGCAUCCUUGGCUGUUGGAACAUUGUUCUCAAGAGCUUGAUUUCUUGUCUGUACACACAAAAAAAAAAGACAUUUAAUA